AGAAAGAUGACCGCAGACUGUGAAAUUGAGAUUAAAGAUGCGUUUCAACGCUCUCAGAAGGGCCAUAAUAACAAAGCUAAAUUGGUGGCAAGCCUGAAAAAUCGCUAUACCAAGCUGGAGGACAAGACAUCAUUCCAUGAGGAAUUUGUUCACUAUCUGAAGUACGCCAUGAUUGUAUACAAGCGUGAGCCUGCUGUUGAACAUGUCAUUGAUUUUGCUGCUAAGUUUGCUACAAGCUUUCAGUCUCCACCUAAAGAGGAAGAGGAAGAGGAAGAUGAGGAGGAGGAUGAGGAGGAAGAUGAAGAUGAUCAUCCUUUCUUGAGUUUCCUCUUCAAUUUCCUUUUGGAGUCCCAUAAGGCCAACAGCCAUGCAGUGCGUUUCCGCACAUGUCAGCUGAUCAACAAACUGCUGGGCAGCAUGGCAGAGAAUGCACAAAUCGACGACGACCUUUUUGACCGCAUCCACCAGGCCAUGCUGGUCCGGGUCACUGACAAGUUCCCGAAUGUGAGGAUCCAGGCCGCUUUGGCCAUGACCCGCCUACAGCAACCAAAGGAUUUUGACUGUCCCACCAUCAAUGCCUAUAUGUUAAUCUUGGAGAAUGAUUCAAAUACAGAGGUGCGUCGUGCUGUUCUCUCUUGCAUUGCCAUGUCCACCCUCACCCUCCCCAAGGUGCUCAAACGCACCCAGGACAUCAAAGAAAAUGUUCGCAAGCUAGCCUACCAAGUUCUUGCAGAUAAGGUCCACAUUAAGGCUAUGACCAUCGCACAGAGAGUCACUUUAUUACAGCAGGGCCUCCAUGACUCCUCAGAGGCUGUGAGAGAGGUGGUUCGUUCUCGCCUCCUACCAGCCUGGCUGCAGCAGCAGAAUGGAGAUGGUGUGAAGCUGCUCCAUUGUCUGGACGUGGAGAACUGUGCCCAAACAGCCCUUGAGACAAGCAAAGCUCUCUUCGCCAACUCACUGACUGAAGAACUAUUGCAGAACAGAGCACAGCUUGACAACAGGAAGUUGAUCCCCAUGGACACGCUGAGCUGCGAGAACGUGCUGUACUGGAGGGCUCUGUGUGAAUUCAUUAAGGCUAAGGGAGACGAGGGCGAAGAGAUGCUCGAACAAAUCUUGCCAGAUGCUGCCUCUUAUGCGGACUACCUCCACGGGUAUCUGAAGGUGUUGCCAGUGCUCUCUGAGGAACAAAGAGCAGACUUCAACCAGCUGGAGCUGGUCAUGACCAAGGAGUUCAUCGCUCAGCAGCUCAUCCAUCUUACUGGGUGUCUGGACACCAACGAGGAAGGUGGAAGGAAACGUGUGCUGGCUGUGCUGCAGGAGAUGUUGGCCUUGCCCCAAACGUCCCCAUCUCUGGUCUCCCUACUCACAGAGAAACUCCUCAGACUCAUCUCUGAUGACACAAAGCGCAUACAGAUUGUAGCAGAAAUCAUCUCUGAUAUUCGGGAGCCCAUCAUGGAAAGCAUUAAGCCUGUGGAUGAAAACGAGAAUCGCAGGCAGCAGGUCAAGUUAGCAGAAGUGAAAGUGCGUAUCCUGGAGGCCAAACAGGAGCUAGAGGACUGUAUUUCAGCCCAGGAGUUCAGCCGUGCUGAAGAGCUCAAGAACUCAAUCAUAGAGCUGGAAAACCAAAGGCAGACAAUCCAGGAUAUUGCUGAAAGCAGCCACCCAGUUAACAAAGAAGUCUGCACUGAGAAGAAUGACCCAGAGACCCUUUUAAGAUGUCUGACAAUGUGUGCUGAACUGCUGAAGUGGAUGAACAUUAAGACUCGUAUAGGUCCAACAAUAAGUGCCUUAAUGUCCUCACUGAUCCUGCCCAGUAUAGCCAAUGCUCAUCCCGCUGUGCGCAACAUGGCAGUGGUGUGUCUGGGGACCAGCACUCUGCACAGCAAAGAGCUGGCCAAAACACACAUCGUGCUGCUGCUGCAGAUUGCCCAGUUGGACGACUUCAAGAUCCGCAUUAGUGCUCUGCAGGCCAUCAUCGACCUAUUGCUGCUAUUUGGCUUCCAGCUGCUCUCUGAAAAACCUGCCUCUCAGACAGCUCUGCCUUCCCAAUCACCUGACAGACAGGAAGGGGAAGCAUCAGUAGCUGAGGAGAAGGGGGAUAUAACAGAGGACACAACACAGAGCAUACUUAUGUUGCUGUCAGAAUUCCUGGACAGUGAGGUGUCUGACUUGCGUACAGAGACAGCAGAGGGUCUGGCCAAGCUUAUGUACACCGGCCACAUCUCCAGUGCCAAGAUGUUGUCCCGCCUGGUGUUGCUGUGGUACAACCCUGUCACUGAGGAUGACACCCGCCUGCGACAUUGCCUUGGCGUCUUCUUCCAGCUCUACGCCCGUGAAAGCAGGGCCCACCAGGAAGUAGUAGAAGAGUGUUUUCUGCCAACAAUACGAACGCUAACAAACGCCCCGGCCACCUCUCCACUGGCUGAGGUGGACAUCACCAAUGUGGUUGACUUGCUUGUUGAGCUGACCCGCCCUACUGCUCUGAUCAAGCCCUCAACCAAUACUGAGGACAUGUGCGUCCAUGACUUCCUGGCGGUGCGUGUGUGUGGAGAGAUGAUAAAAGACCCCACAGCCCCAGAGGUGCGUCUCUAUGCCAAGACUCUUUGCAACCUUGAACUCAGCACAAAUGAAACCAGCAGGAGAGAUCUGCUUAUGCUGCUGCAGCAGAUCACACAGGUGGUGAAGGAUCGUAUUUGUCUCCGUGCUGUGGAGAAGUUGAUUGGUAAGCUGUCGGAUUCCAAGGAACAGGCCGAGCUUCUCAGCGCUAGUGCACUGCAGCCACUGGAUGUCAAUGCAGACGAGACUGCAACAGAGGAUCCGUCAAAAUCUGCCAAGAGGCCAAAAAGAGGUCAAAGGAAAUGUUACGCAGCGAAAGGGUCUAGAAAGUCUAGUAGAAAGGCGGAGUCUUCAGAAGAGAGUGAUGGAGAAAACGUACCAGAAACCGUGUAUGUGCCGCGUCCGUCUCGCCGCGCCCGAGCAGCUGCUCUAGAGAAAACCAAGCUGGACCUCACUGCUCUCAUAAAUCAGGAGGCCAACACAUCCUAGAGCACAGGCUGGUCAUCAGAGCUGGCUUUGGACCUGUUCAAUCUGCUGCCUAUCUUAUGAUGGGAAUUUGAACUUUAAACAAUUAAUUUUUUUCUUUCAUGGCAAAUGUAGUUUAAAUUUUUAUGACAAAAUUGCUCAUUUACAUCUAUUUUUUGUGUGAAUUGAACUGAAACUUGCAUAAAUCCAUAAUUUCAAGCACUUUGUCCCUGUUGUGUUAGACAUCAAAAAAAAUAAUUUCUGUUUGAUUUUUGAUGUUUUCUCAGUUUAUACUGUUGAAUGUGAUAGAAUGCACCUGUGCUCCACUGAUGGCAGUCCCCUUAAUUGGUAAACCAGGAUUUUAUGCUAGUUUAAUACCAAUAAAAUGUAACUAUUGCUUUACUAAAAAUUGUUCCUGUUCUUGUGCAAUCAUCAGCUUAACGGUCAGGCAAGUAAAGGUGCACACAGUAUUAAUAAAGAUAUGAUGAAAAUAUGAACAGUAUUAGUCUAUAAAUCGAUCUGAGGAUGAACAGUAAAUAAUUUUUAAUUUGCUGUUAGCUGUAAUGCUGGUUCCAGAAUAGUUCCUCACCCAUAGCUUGAGCCAAC